AUGUCUUUGAAUAACAUAUUCAAGCAAAAGCAAAUUGAAAGACAAAAGGAAUAAUAAUUAAAUAGGGAAUAGAGAGAAAAGAAAUUGGAGGAAAUCAGAAAAAUUAAGUCAGUUUAAUUCAAAGCCAGAUAAGCGAAUAGGGUAGAAAUGUUUGAAGAAAAUAAACUAAACAAAUUAAGGGAAACAUUAAAAGAGGGCAGCUACCCAAUAUUGCCAAUCACAAAGCAUUCGUUCAGAGAUCGUUAUAAAGAAAAGGAGUUAGAUGGCAAUAUAAUAUUGAAAAGUUAAUUAUCAGGAAAGGAUAGAGCUAGACAAACAAUGCUAGACUUUAGAUAAGGACAUUUGGCAACUGGAGAAUUUAAUAAGGAUGAACCUCACAAGAACCAUUAUAAAUGGCUGAAAGUGGAGGAUCAUAGUAAACAAGGGAAUCCCAUGAGAUUUGGUAAGGGAGAAAGGGUGGAAACUGAAAGAGUGAAAGGAGUGAUUGAUAAUGCAACCUAGAAAGUAGAUUAUGUGAAAAAAGACUUGAUGAUGUUGAUAAAUCCUACAUGGAGAUAAGAUGAGAAAUCAAAGUGGAUGGAUAGCAAUACUUUUAAUAUAUACAAUAAGAAAAGAUUCGAUCCAUCAUCUUGGGAGCAACAUCCAAUAAAUUACAAAAAUCAAAGCAAUGUGUUUGUUGAAGGGUUCGAAGUCUUAGGGGAUCCUUCUAGAAAGCGAUACAAGGAACAAGAACACAAAAGGACAGAGUAUAUACCUACAGUGAAAGAGGAUUAAAUUGGAACUACUCUCCAUAUAUCAAGAUCCUUAAGAACUUUCAAAGCUGACUAAUUAAUUAAUGAUUAAUCUAAUUUUGAUGAAUACUCUUAGAAUACAAAACUCAAGUAUUAUAAGUCUGCCUUAAUUGAAACCAAAAGUAUUGAUCAUUAAAUACCCUAUCAACAUAGCAAUAACUUUAAAUCUCUUGAUUUUAAGAAUCUUCGACCUGAACUCAAAACUAAAAUAUUUCGCAAUUCAUUAACUACUUCGACCAACAGGCAUAUUAAAACUUAGAAUUGUAAUCAAACUCCAUUAAAAACAACCUUAAACCAAAUUUGA